AGCUUUGUGGGUUAAUAUGUUUGUUUUGUGAUUCCUUUAAAGUGGGCCUUUGUCUGAGAUAGUUUAAGCCUAGAUUUGAAUCUACUCCCUUUAGGCCAAAGAACACAGUAAUGUUGAGGGCCGCAAGUAAUACUAGGCUUAGAGAGGUACAAGAAUUUAAGACACUCUACUUCUCCUCCACCUCUGCUUAAAAGAGCAAUACUACUCAGACUUCCUGUUUCUGACACUUGCCUUCUUUUUUUCUGUGUUUAUACUUCCCCCUGUCUGUGGUUAACGAAGUACAGAGCUGUAGAUCGGAGCUUCCUCCCUCCUCUCUCAUUCAUUUGUACACCCAGGCUCACAAGUCAGCUCUCUCCUCUCUCUCUCUCAGAAUGACAAUUCUAGGUACAGCUCUUGGUUUGGCUUUCUAUUUACUUCAAGCUGUUUCUGGAGAAAGUGGCUAUGCACAGAAUGGAGACUUGGAAGAUGCCGAAGUGGAUGAAUAUUCAUUCUCAUGCUACAGUCAGCUGGAAGUGGAUGGAUUUCAGCACUCAUUGACCUGUGCUUUUGAUGACCCAGAUGCCAACAGCACCAAUCUGGAAUUUGAAAUAUGUGGUGCUCUUUUGAGGGUAAAAUGCCUGAAUUUUAGUAAACUACAAGAGCUGUAUUUCAUCAAGACAAAAAACUUCUUACUUAUUGGAGACAGCAAAAUAUGUGUAAAGCUUGGAAAAAAGAAUCUAAUUUGCAAAGAAAUUGACAUUACCAAGAUAGUUAAACCUGAACCUCCGUUUGACAUAAAAGCUACCUAUCGUAAGGGAGCAAAUGACUUUAUGGUGACAUUUAAUACAUCGCACUUGCAAAAGCAGUAUGUAAAUCAAUUAAUACAUGAUGUAGCCUACCGCCAGGAAAAAGAUGAAGGCAACUGGAUGCAUGUGAAUUUAUCCAGCACAAAGCUGACACUCCUGCAGAGAAAGCUACAACCUGAUGCGAUGUAUGAGAUUCGAGUCCGAUCCAUCCCUAAUAGCAACUAUUUUGAAGGCUUCUGGAGCGAUUGGAGCCCAAGUACUCAUUUCAGAACACCAGAGAACCAUAGGGCAGGGGAGAUAGAUCCUGUCCUCCUAACUGUCAGCAUUCUGAGUUUCUGCUCUGUGGUUCUUUUGGCUAUCUUGGCCUGUGUAUUAUGGAAAAAAAGGAUUAAGCCUAUGAUAUGGCCCAGUAUCCCUGAUCAUAAGAAAACUCUGGAACAACUCUGUAAGAAACCAAAAAAGAAUUUGAAUGUGAGCUUCAAUCCGGAAAGUUUCCUGGACUGUCAGAUUCAUGAGGUGGAUGGCAUUCAAGCUAGAGAUGAAGUGGAAGGCUUCCUGCAAGAUAUUUUCCCUCCACAGCCAGAGAAGUCUGAGAAGCAGAAAUGUGGAGCAGGAGCUCAAGGCUCCAGCUGCCCAUCCAAUGUUACAAUCAUCACCCCAGAAACUUUCAGAGAGUCACCCCCCAGAUUCCUAACUGAGAAUUUCAGUGCAUGUGAUUCCCCUGUACUGCUCUCUUUCAGGUCCCAAAAUGGCAGAGAGAGUGGCCAAGGUGGGUCUCAUGUAUACCAUGGCCUCCUGCUUAGUCCUGGUACUACAAACAGCACACCAAUCCCUCCAUUUCCUCCCCAAUCAGGAAUCCUGACAUUGAACCCAGUUGCCCAAGGACAGCCCAUCCUCACUUCCCUGGGACCAGGUCAAGAAGAAGCAUAUGUCUCCAUGUCCAGCUUCUACCAAAACCAGUGAAUUUUAAGAAACCCAGGGACUGAAUCUAUUAUGAUCAACAAAGAUGACUGAGAGAGAAAGGUCUAGAGUGCAUUCUCUCCCUCAUAAAGAAGAAAAAAUUAAAGCAAUCAUAUUACAUAGUCUACAGGAUGCUAAAACAUCUUGGCUCAGCAGCAUUCAACAAAUGACAGGAGCCUUCUGCUUCUCCUGCUGAUAGGUCAUGAGGUUUCAAGAGACUCGAUGAUUUAAUGAUUUAAGAACAUAAAGCAGGAAAGAAUGAAAUAAAGAGUGAAGGAAGGAUGGAGUAAUGAGGAAGGCAAGAGGGAGUAAGAGAAGAAAAAAAUAUCAAGGAAUGACAGCUACUAUUAUCAGAACUUAUUAUAGAUCUAAUGCUGUGCUAAGUGCUCCACACAUCUUGUCCCACUGCCUUCCCACGAUAAUCCUGGGAUAUGGGUGCAAUUAUUAUUAUUUUAUUUUUAUAGAAUUAAGGAGUUAAAUAUCUUGUCCAAUAGCCCCACUCAGUGAGGAGUGGAACCAAGAUAUGAGGGUUGAGAGCUGGCUACUCCCCACUGAACCAAGUGAUUUUCUCUCAAAUACAGACCAUUCCAUUUAUGAAAGCCAAAUGGCACUAAUAAUAAUAGCAAGCAGAGUGAUUUACUAUCCAACCUGGAUCAUUCUUGAAAGUGACAGAGGAAGUUUUAAAAAUUACUCUAGAAUAAUAAGCAUAAAUUAGGACAGACUUAGGCAAAUGUAAACAUGUGUUCACCUGAUUAAAGUGACUGAAGGAAGAAAGUGGGAGAGAUACAGCCUCAUGGGUGUGAAGUUCUGUGAUCAGCCAGGUCCAAAGCAAGCCGCAAAGGCAAGAAAAAAAAGUCCCAGUUGAUUUUUUUGUUCUGCAAAUAAGCUCAAGAAGGAAUAGAUCAGAAAUCCAGAAUUUCUCCUGAUGAUACCAAAACCAAGACCCUUUUGCUGAUACCACCCAACUAUAUCCAUUCAUGAUCUCAAAAGAACCUGUCAUUGUCCAUGGACCAUAGCACACUUGACUGAUAAGCAGUGGAAUAACCCUACCUGUGUGUACAGAUACUGUCCCAGUCCGAACACAUUCCCAAAUUGUCUCAGGUUCUACAGCCUUCAACACUGCUAAAAAUGUCAUGGAGAACUUAUAACCACAUGCAGUGAGUGAGCCAAUUGUGGCUACGUCCUUGAAAAUAGAUAGGAGACCUAUCAUUAAUAGCUGACACUUGUUCUUGCUUUUUUUGUUUAAAUGAAUUUCUAAUGAUGAGCUCAAACCCAGUCAAGGUAACUAAGCAAUUUCAACUCAAGAGAGGGAACCAAUCCCUCUCCCACAGACCCCUAAACCUGGCUGUUCUUAGAGCCACAAAGGGCAGAGGGAGUACAGAGUUGUGAGGGAGGACAAAGCCUUGUUUGAAGUUUGUUGUUGUUGUUUAUGUUUUGAAUUUUCUUUUAUUUUUUCUGCUUCUACUUUGUCUAGGGGAACUAAAUGUUUUUACUUUUUUAUUUUUUUGUUUAUUUUGUUUUGUGCCAUCUGUGAAUGGGAUUUUAAGUUGUAGACUAGUAGUCUUUAUCUGUUGGCCCAGUAAUAACCAGACCAUUUUAUUCUUCAAAUGAGAGCUUUACUUUCUAACGUGCUUUCCUCUGCAUCAGGAGUAAUGGCUGUAUCAGACCACAAUCUCUUGCGUUUGUUUCUUGCUUUUCAAGGCACUUCUGUAAGUGUUCUCUUUCACCUCCUUGGCAAGCACAUGUAGAGACUGCUAUGUAACCCCCAUAGCGUCAGGCACAGGGGAUCUGAAGACAAAUGAGGACAUGACUCUGAAAAAUCUAAAACAAAAAAAGUGACAAGUUGGAAACAGAUUAUUUAAUAUUGCAAAAUGCUGUGAUAGAGGCAUAUUGAAAGUGCCCUCUUGGAGAUAGGGAAAAUGCCACCAAAAUGGUGUAAGCUUGCACGAAGGAAAAGUUUAGUCUUCCUGAUGCAGAAAUGGCAAGAAACAUGUUUCCAUCAGAUGAGCAGAUGUCCUUUGCCUUUUGUGGAAAUGACAGCCAAGUCUGAAAGAAGAGGUCACUCAAAAUUUCGUGCCCAACCUAGGCUUUUACUACCUGACCACAGGGAUGCUUUGAAGUAUCUGUUGGCAUCUUCUUGACUUAUGUUAAAAUUAGGCCACAGAGAGGACAGGUAAUUCAAUUCACGUGUUAAGUCAGGACUGGAGGCAUAUAGAAAAUCUCUAAAAAGAAUGGAGCCUCUGGAGGACUUUUGAAUUCCCUGUAGCCCUGAAAUUCUGUUUUAGUGUUGUUUGGCAUACAGUAUCAUUUGAGUUUAUUGUGUGUGUGUAUGUUGUGUGUGUGUAUGUUGUCUAUGCGUGUGUGUUAAUGAAAACAUUUAAAAUCCAUGUAUUAUACUCUUAUAAUCAUUAUUGCUGCUCAUGCUUGAUUAUCUACUCAGGGAAGUUGUAUAAUGUAAGUUUACUAAUUAGUUUCACUCAACUCCUUAUGGACUUCAUUAAGAAAGAGAAACUCCUGGCAAGAGAUAAUGUAUAAGUCAGAUACAUAAACUGACCGUUCUAAAUAGUACAAAGUGAAAAAAAAAAAGAUUGAAAAUUACGCAACUAAUUCAGACAAACCACCAUGUCUGGGUCUAGCAGGCCCUGGCUUCUUUGCAUGAUUUUCUACCAGCCUGGCCUGUCCCAUCAAUGUUGUUUCUAUGGGACUUUGCCUCAGAAAAUCAAAGUGCGGGCUAUGCUUUUCUGGAGGGGCUACAAAAUUUGAAACUGACCAGGAAGAUAAUGAGAAUAUUUCAAGGGUGCCUGCAAAUGAUAUAAAUCAGAUAGAGUUAUUGCCAGCUCAGAGGUUUUUCUGUAGGAUUGCUCUUAAAAGUAUCCAUCAUUCACUACAGUGAAGGUCUAUGAUUGGACUGUGUACUUUUCACAUGCAUUAAAACAUUUCACAGAGCUGCUAAAUACCUAAGUGCACAAUGUGUGUUACCAUCUCGUAUUUAAUAAAAUUAUAUUGAGCUCUU